AUGAAAUUCACACAACAAGUUCUCUAUCUGGUCAGCUACUCCUUCAACUCCAUCAGAGCCUCCUUCGUCAGCGACUCUGACUUAAUCCAUAAGAAGGCUGUAGGAAUGGGAAGCAGAUCCUUUUGCUCAGUAGUUGCACAACUCACCACUGAGCUGCUGCAUCAAAUCCAUUCUGGCCACAGAGGUCCACUCUGUAGGCCUGGGGGGAGCUGGGCAGCUCCUUGUUCUCCAUCAGAAGAUUCAUACCUUCACACGCCACAUCCCUCCUGCCAGGCAAUCUGCACAGCAGCAUGGAGCCCUGGUUAUACAAAAGAAAAGCAAGCCUUUUGGAUAACCUCUGGAGCUGCUGCUGAUGUUCUGACUGCAUGGCAAAUGAGUCCGAGACAUCAUAAACAAAAAUUACAGAAUAAUGGAGAGGAAAAUCAGACCCCAGCUCUUGUCCAGGUAGCUGUACAAAGAGAAGGAGGCAGCUGGCCCCGUGGGGGCGACGAAGGGACUGGCUCUGGGAGUCAGAACGAGCCGGAGCGCGUCACCCCUUCACGCAGAGGUGUCCUGGGCAAUGAGUUUAGCAUCUUAAGAUCACCAAGGUCUGUUGUUUUCCGAAAUGGCAACUGGCCGAUACCAGGAAAGCGAAUCCCAGAUGUGGCUGCACUGUCCAUGGGCUUUGUAAAAGAAGACCUUUCCUGGCCAGGACUGGCAGUGGGUAACCUGUUCCACCGGCCUCAGGCCACUGUCAUGGUGAUGGUGAAGGGAGUGGACAAACUGGCUCUGUCUCCCGGCAGUGUCAUUUCAUACCCAUUGGAGAAUGCAGUUCCUUUUAGUCUUGACAGUGUUGCAAAUUCCAUUCACUCCUUUUUUUCCAAAGAAACUUUGCAGUUGGCCCCCAGUGAAGAAAGAGUGUAUAUGGUGGGAAAGGCAAACUCCGUGUUUGAAGAUCUCUCGGUCACUUUAUGGCAGCUUCGUAAUCGCCUGUUCCAGGAAAACUCUGUUCUCAAUUCCCUUCCCCUCAAUUCUCUGAGCAGGAACAAUGAAGUUGACCUGCUCUUUCUUUCUGAACUGCAAGUAUUACAGGACAUGUCAAGUUUGCUGUCACGACAUAAGCAUCUAGCCAAGGAUCACUCUCCAGAUCUGUAUUCACUGGAGCUGGCAGGUUUGGAUGAAAUUGGGAAGCGCUACGGGGAAGAGUCUGAGCAGUUCCAGAAUGCUUCUAGGAUCCUAGUGGACGCCCUGCAGAAGUUUGCAGAUGACAUGUACAAUCUUUAUGGUGGGAACGCCGUGGUAGAGUUAGUGACUGUCAAAUCAUUUGACCCAUCCCUCGUGAGGAACACAAGGACUAUCCUUGAGACCAGACAAGAGAACCCAACAACUCCCUACAACCUUGCAUAUAACUUUGAGUACUCCGUGGUUUUCAACAUGGUACUCUGGAUAAUGAUUGCCUCGGCCUUGGCAGUGAUUGUCACCUCUUACAACAUCUGGAACAUGGAUCCCGGAUACGAUAGCAUCAUUUACAGGAUGACAAACCAGAAGAUUCGAAAGGAUUGAAUUUUCCUUAUGUCAGGCUUAGAAAAGGAGUUUA